ACUUGAAAAUCCAAAUAUUUUCCCUGAAAAGUGAAAGUGCAACAACCAAUUACUCCUCAAAGUGGAAUAGUACUCUGCAGUCUGCAUUUGUUGUCUGUGUAGAAAUUUUGCAGAAACAACAAUUUAGUAAAGUGAUGAAGCCCCUUGUGCAGCGUUUGUCACUGGUUAUUUUCAUUCCUCUGCUUCUCUCCCUCUUGUUUGUGGUGCUUUUACCAAAGAAAACUGCGAUGUCAACAACAACCCGUGAGGUAUUUGGAGUGAAGAUACAGAAGAACCCACCUGAAUCCAAACUCACUGAGCUUGGAGUCUCAACUUGGUCCAAGUGGGAAGGAGGUCCUACCAAAAUUCCAUGGUCCUUUAAAGAAGAAGAAACUAUGUAUCUACUGGAGGGAAAAGUGAAGGUUACUGUUGACGGGACUGAAGGGUCCUUUGAAAUUGGAGCUGGUGACUUAGCUGUCUUCCCAAAAGGAAUGAACAUUACUUGGGAAGUUAUUGAAGCUGUGAAAAAGCACUAUAGCUUGAAAAAAUAGCAUAUGCCUGUAGUCCUUUUAAUUUCUGUGGCCUAAUGAUGCCCUGCAUGAACUUGAUGAAGUAAUCAUCACUGACUAUGAUAGUUUGGUUGUUAGUUUCUACCGGAUUAAUGCACAUAAGCCUUCGCAUCCAGUUGAAGUAAUUCUAUUGGAAGUAAUAUUUGAUAACUAUGUUUAAUAUGUUUAUGGAUGGAGCAAAUUCUCACCUUUUCAUCA